CUCUUUAGUAACCAGUCGAAUUGAACAGUUCAACAAAUGAGGGAAAAGCCAAUAAUUUACCUUAAUUACUUGUGAUCUUUUUCUGUGUUCCAAUAAACGACCCACCAGAUUGGCCUUGAGAUAAUUAUCCUGCCUGUUCCAUUAGAAUUGAUUGACCAUUAGGAAUUAAAGAUAAACAGAUUAGAUUCCUAAUUCUAAUUCUAUUCUAAACUAAUAAUAAUUCUCUCUGAUUGUCCAUUCGUUCAUCACCCUGUGUCUAACAAGUAUCUUUGUCUUCAUUAUAUUUUCCUCUGCUCUCUAUGGUUUAGUCGCGUUUUUUGGGCGCUGGUUCAUCGCCUUUGCCUUCAUCGUUUCGUUUUUAAUAUUCUGGUGUUUUGUUUCUUUCUUUACCAAAGAUUAACUCACCGAUUGAACCAGCAAAUCGAAGAGAAUUCAUCUAAAUCGGAUUAAUAAUUCUCUUCAAUUUCUCUGUUUACAUGUUACCAUCUAUUAAUUUGUUCUCAUUUUCCUCUUACUCUCUCCUUUCCUUUUCUAUGUUUAUUUUUCUCUCUCUACUCUCUGUGAAUUUCCAAUCAAACCUUAAAUUGAACCUAAUUAACUGAUUGUUUUUCCUUCUUAUUCAAUUCUAAACCAUUCGCAUCAUCAGAAUCAAUAUUCAUCAUUCUCAUUAAUCAUUCUGAUUGAAGAAAAUCAAAUCUCACUACAAAUUGCGGAAGAAUCAACUUGUUUGUCUAAUCUCUGUUUCCACCCAGAGUGUUGUAAUUGCUUAUGUGUGGAGUAUCUCAAGUGCUCUUGGUGAUUAAUUCUUAUUCUUGUUGUUGUUAAUUGUUGGAUUGUUUUCACUUGAUUUAGAAGGUGAUUUCUCUUGAUGGCUAGCCCACUUGGUUCAUUCUCUGGUUCCUCAAGCCAUUCUCUUCGAAGCUCUCGAAAAGAGAGUAACACCGGUGAACCAAAUUCCUCCUCCGAUGUUCACCAUUCCCACCAUUCUCACAACUAUGGACACUAUCGAAGUCACUCUUCGUCCAGAGAUAGUCGCUCUUUCGUUGGCACUGGUGGCAUAGUCACUGGAAAUCCUGCCUGGCUUCAAAGGAAGAUCCACCUUCGUCCUGCUCUCCGUGGAUGCCAUUUAGUUACCGAUGAAGUGCUUAAACAAUUACCAGAAUUGUCGAAAUUUUUUGUAGGAAUGUGUCACAUUCACGUUCUUCAUACAUCAGCAAGUUUAGCUUUAAAUGAGAAUUGGGAUCCUGAUGUUAGAGAAGACAUGGAAAUGUUUUUAUCUAGAUUAGUGCCUGAGAGUACUCCAUUUCGCCAUUCAUGUGAAGGACCAGAAGAUAUGCCAGCUCAUAUCAAAGCUUGUUUCCUAGGAGCAUCUCUAACGAUCCCGGUCUCCGAUGGUAAAUUGACCUUAGGGCCUUGGCAGGGAAUUUGGCUGUGUGAACAUCGUAAUCGAGCUGGAUCAAGACAAAUUGUCGUCACUCUCAAUGGUUUCUUGAAAAACGAUCCAUCCUAAACAAUAGUAACUUCACAUUCAACAUUGAACAAUCAAUUAUGGAAAACUAAUCAACAAUUUAAACGGGAUGGACUUUUGGUGAUAAAUAUAUAAUAUACCUAAAUGUAUAUAAAAAAUCAAAUCAAGUCCUAGAGACUUAAUCACAAUCCACCUUAUAAUAUGUUUCCAUGAAUCUACAACAAUUUAACAGCGGCAAGAAUUCAUUGGAAUCAUAAUAACCUCAUCAUCUUCGUCAUCAUCUAUUAAUACUAAAGCAAAGAUCAAAGAGACAUUGGCAAUUUUUUUUGGACAUAUUUCGACAACAAUUAAAACACUUAAGAUAUAAAAAUAUAUAUUCACACGUAAAUUCAACAAUUAAAACGAUAAUUAACAAAAUGGAAAAUCAAAAAGCUCAACAACAAUCAGAGAGGAAUCUAUUUUCUCUUCGCAAUCAACUUUACUGAUCAAGAGCAAUUUAAAACAAGGAGAUACAAUUUAGCUCUAAUUGUGUCGUUAUUUUAACUAAAUCAAAUAUCGAGGUUUAAUCAACAGCGAAAUUUAAAUGUACACCAACGUUGCACCUUCAAAAAUGAUGAUCACCAAUCUUAACCUUUGAUGUUAAUAAUAAUUCAGAAUUGCUAUUAGUUUAAAUUGAUUACGAUUACCAAUAGAUCAGCUUAGUUAUUGAGUUAAUAGAAUUAAUUUUUAAUCAUAUUAAUUGUUUCCAAUUUGGAAAAAGAAAACACUUUCCCUAAAUAGUUACUCUCGGGCUUCUAAUCAAUUUUGAAUUAUUAUUAUCACUUGAUUUUACUCAUUUGCUUGAAAAUAAUGUCCGAACAGUGUGUUAAUCAUUAACAAUUAACGAAUGUAAACUAAUCAACGAAGAAACCCAACAAUUAUAUUUAAUUGCAAUUCUUGCCAUCCAACUAAUAUGUUACGUCCCUUUGUCUCCUCUAUUCUUAUUAAUCAACAAAAAGGAGAAAUGUUAAUUGUUCCAAGCUCAUCUUUCUCUUAAUAAUUAAUUAACAGUCCAUUGUAACACCAAUCAAAAUAUUAUUACGAUCAAUUUAUGACAAUAAUAAGAUAAAUAAUCGAAUGGAAUCAAA